AUAAAGACGGUUGUCCUCAGCGGAAGAGCUUAGUUCUAUUAUUUAAAGUCUUCUCUUAGUCCCCAUACUGAGAUUCACAAGUGAGACAUUCAAGCGAGAUUUGUUUCCUGCCCAAGGAGUAACUUUGUUUCUCUUACACGCCCAACCGGAAGGAACGAGCAUUCCUGAUCUAGCCUUGCUCACCUGCGCCCCGGCUGCAGCGCCCAAAUUUACCCCUGGACUGGGACCCGCCCACACUUUUUUUCUCUCUUAUAUACCUCUCUACCUCCCUCGCCAACGAUCUGGCAUUGUCGCAGUCACCUCGUUGAACCAGCAAACAACACACCCACUUCUCUGCUGCUUUAGCCAUAAAUCGAGCUUGUUCACCGCUUCACCGCCUCGCACCACCUUCUAACACUUCCGCCGCAAUGAGCGUGAAGUUCCGCAGGUCGUCCCCCAAUGGGGGUUACGAGCACCAGCGGAGCGACUCGGGGUUCAGUGAUUGCGAGAGCCACACAUCAACUCCUGAUCGCGGCUACCUAGUCCCUGGGAACGAGGAACCCGGCAUCUACAGCAUCCGACGAGCGCUCGAGUCCAGCCGGCAAGAAUGCGACGAGGCAAAGGCCCGAGCCAAAGAGCUCGAGCGCACCCUCAAGAAAGUCACCACCGAACUCGAAGAAGCCAAGGCGCGCAUGAGGGCACUGUCGAACGAGAAUGAAAAUCUUGUCGAGGAGAAGAAGUCGCUCACCAAAUCCAACAAAGAACUUGCCGAGCAGAAUGCGCAACUAGAAGAGACAGUCAAGGAGUUGAACAAGGACUUGAAGAAGGCCAACCGGAAGAGCAACAGCGGCUCGUCACCCUCAGGGUCCAGCGGCAACGCCUCCGAGUCGUCGGAUGAGAAGAAGUUACACAGAAGCUCAAGCAAGCGACGCAAAGAGCCGUCUGGGAGGACGGAGAAAGAGAAGGAGCGCGACCGGGAGCGGGAGAAAGAAAAGGAGAAAGAACGCGCCCGCGAGCGGCGCAAAGAAGAGAAGGCUGCGCAGGAAGAGCAAGACCGCCUCGACCGUCUUCGACAGCGCUUCGAUUCGCGCGGCGAGGAAAGCGAUGCAAAAAGCAGCAGCACUUCCACCAGGAGCCAGCGCAACAGAAGCGACAGCUACAUCGAGCCCCUCGGCCACCCGGCGCCGAGGCCACAAGUCUCAGUUACUGGCCCUCUCGCGCCCACACGGCAGUACUCGUCGUACGCGCCGACGACCACCCCGGCCUACUCAACAGCACAGUCUUACCAAAGCAUUCGUGAGCCCUAUUCGGCGACCACGCCGCGGCCACAUCAUCCCGCCGUCUACGUCGCCGCCGAUACCUAUGGCGUAGCGGACGAUCAAUACGCAGUCCCGCGAUCUACACGGCACGCAAGGUGAUGCACUGGCGACUAAACACGCGCGACGAAUGCGACAGCAGCAGCAUCUUCGGUUGGUCCCGAGUUUUGCAUUUCUGACGCCUAUCCGCCGAUUGGCGGUACCUGCACGGGGGAUUCCCUUCCUUGCUGCAGCCCUGCGAUGCGCUGCUGCGAGCGUUUCGAUCUCCGCCAAUUCUUCAAGUUUACUCGUCGGGCGCGCAUCCAACGCUUUUUUCCUGUUGCUGCCCAACCUUGGCCCAACCCAAUGCC